GCAGCAAAGAACAGAAAGAUGUCUCUGAGUGUCCAGCUGGGCGCCUUGGCAUUCCUCCUGCUCUGCGUGUCCAGACAUGUCGGGGGAGAGGCUGAAGAAAUUGGUGUGGAAAUCUCUUCGAGGAUCGUGACUCUCAUCUGCCCAGGAGAGAAAUCCCAGUGGGAAAAGAAGACAGACAGCCCUUUUCUCAACCCAGGAAAUGGGAACUCCCUGCUCGCCUCCAGCCCAGAUGCACUGAAUAAGCUUGAAGAGGGGGGAGAAUUUUUCUGCAAGACAAGCAAGAACCUCAGAUUGAAGAUUUAUCUGAAAAUAAGAGUGUGUGAGGACUGUGUGGAGCUGAGCUUCGGUCUUGGGGCCAGCAUUGUUGUCGCUGACCUCCUCCUCACCCUGGGGGUCCUGUUCCUGGUCUACUUCUGCUGCAAGCAACAGCCCACCUUCUUCAGAGCUGGCACCCCAGGACGGCAGCAAGGCCAGCAAGCAGACGGCCCCCCACCUGUCCCAAAUCCAGAUUAUGAGCCGAUCCGGAAGGGCCAACGAGAGGUGUACGCUGGCUUGGAGCCACGGGCUUUCUGAGAUGCUGCCUCAUAUGCUGUGGCAAGAUGCCAUACGUUCCAGCUGGCAAUGAGAGUCCCCCGAUGCGCCUGCCACUUCCUUCUCCUGCUUGCACUAACCGCUGUGCCUCCUGGCGGGGGAGGUCCCUGUUUGCGCUGAGCUUUGCAGCUAGAAAAUUGGUCUUUGUGUGGCCUGGAGAGCCCCCUGCCCAGGGACCAGAGGGAGCAGGGAGGGCUGCUGGAUGCACAGAGGGCUCCCAGACUGCAGACCUUGACUGGGCAAGAAAGUGGCACCAUAAAAGCCUCUUCACUCAGUUGGGGGUACUCAGCAAUGGCGC